GUGAUGUGAAGCUAACGUCCAGGAGGGUCUGCUCUGCUGCUGCUGCCGCUAUGAAUGAUGGGAACUGCUGCGUUCAGGGUCUGCUUCCAGAAAGCGACAAAAACAAACUGCUGUAACACCUGUGAUUUAUUCACCAAGUCACCGCGGGUUUGUUUUGUUGUCACACUUCUAUUGAAGUUGUGAGUCUGUUCUCAGGAGCGCGGACCGGAUGUUAACGAUGUACUGGUCCAAUGAUGAUGUGUAUUCUCACUGCGCGUGUCCGUGAUUAAAUGUCGAAGUGAACGUGACAGACACUUCACGCUGUGCGGGGGCUGAUGGGAAAUGUAGGAGAUCUCUAGCUAGUGAAGUGGAGCCGUUAGCUAACACAGCUAGGUGGCUAACAGCCGAGCGACCGGACAUACCAGCGACAGCUAGCUUAGGCUAUAUAAACUACAGCUAGCUUAGGUUCUAUGAACUACAAGUGUCAUGUCACUGUAGUUGUGUAGUUUCCUGUAGUUGUGUAUUAUGGCUUCUCUGGUCAACUCCUCAUUAAUGUCAACGGUCAGACUGUGUGUGUGUAGGAGACUCUGCUCUGCACAGGGUCGUGCUGGGGGGGGUCUGGAUCCAGCUGCUCUGUUCAGAAACUUCUCCUGGUGCGAUGGAGCUCGAGGACUUUCCUCCCGCGGGGGCGGAGCCUCGGCCGAGCAGCUGACCCUGGAGGACAUCGCCAGAAGCCUCAGAGAGCGGCAGCACCAGCGGGUGGUGGUGAUGGCCGGCGCUGGGAUCAGUACACCGAGUGGCAUCCCUGACUUCAGGUCCCCAGGCAGCGGCCUCUAUGACAACCUGCAGCAGUACCAGCUGCCCUACGCAGAGGCCAUCUUCGAGAUCAGCUUCUUCCACCGGAACCCAAAGCCCUUCUUCGCGCUGGCCAAAGAGUUGUAUCCAGGAAAGUACCGGCCCAACCUGACCCACCACUUCGUCCGCCUGCUCCAGAAGAAGGGGCAGCUCCUCAGGAUGUACACGCAGAACAUCGACGGACUGGAGAGACUGGCAGGGAUUCCUCCUGAGCUGCUGGUCGAGGCCCACGGCACGUUCGCCACCGCCACCUGCACCGUCUGCUUGAGGAAGUACCAGGGCCAUGAUCUGAGGCCAGAUGUGAUGAGUGGGACGGUCCCUCAGUGUCCCAGCUGCAGAGGCGUGGUGAAGCCGGACAUCGUGUUCUUCGGAGAGGAGCUUCCACGGCAUUUCUUCAAGUACCUCACAGACUUUCCUCUGGCAGAUCUGCUCAUCAUCAUGGGCACGUCACUGGAGGUGGAGCCCUUCGCCAGCCUGGCGGGGGCCGUGCGCGGCUCCGUCCCUCGGCUGCUCAUCAACAGGGACGUGGUGGGCUCGUUCGCCUGGAGCCGCCGGCCGCACGACGUGGUGCAGCUCGGGGACGUGGUCAGCGGCGUGCAGGCCCUGGUGGGCGCCCUGGGCUGGACUCAGGAGUUAGACCAGAUGAUGGCUGCUGCCGAGGAGGCGACAACAAAGACCGAGGAGUGAGAACUUCUCACCUCAUGGAGCUCCAGGUUUCACCUUUCAUCACCUUCUGUGCACAUGGUUGUUGGAUCUGACAGAAGGGAGCUCAUGUCAGGGAGACUUGAAUAAUGACCUGCUGCAGUGAAACAGACGCUUCCUCAUGAACUGAAGCACAGGUGUGUUUGUUCUGCCAGUCAGUUUGUGUGUUUGUCUCAUCUCCAUCAGCCGGACAUCUCAAUGAUGCUUUCAGGAAAUCUCAAGUAUUCACUGACCUCGAGGAUGAAGUGAUGAGAAUCUGGUUAAAGGUCAAAUCAUGUUUUGGUCUCUUAAUGCGACUCUCAAGAAUUCUUAAGGGGAAUUUAUUCAACUUCGGAUCAGUUGUCACCUCAGAGGAAGUGAUUACGUUUCAAAGGUCAAAGGUCACAGGGACCUAAUAUGAAUCUGGGGGAAAGUCUGUAGAAAUGUGUAGAAGGAACUGGAUGGUGGAGGGAGACACUGGCAACAGGAAGAGAACUGAUGUAGCUCCAAUAAAAGAUCUUCUCAGACCACGAUGACCCCACAAUGAAGAUGAACAAUAUUGAUUUAUAUUUAUCUGCCUCCAGUUUGUUUUUUAAUGUUGUGUCAAAGUGCUGCAUAGAAAGUGCAUCUACACACUUUGUGUUGGCCUUUAUAUGGAAGAUCAUGAUCACAACGUGUGUGUAUAAUGUUUCAAAUUACAGGUUCAUUAAUUCCCAGUAACUGUUUGUGUGAAGCUGACACCUCUGGAAUAAGAAAAGGUCCAUUUAUCACAUACAGUAUGAAAUCUCUGCUGCAGGGAAAUUAUCCUUUUCUCUUCAGUGUCCUUCACACUUGAUCAUGUGACUUUAUGUAAAAAUGUGUAAAACCUUCCAGACCUUUAUUCUUUGGAAGAAUCUGUAGUUUUAAUCAAAGUAAAGAUGCGUUUUGUUGGGUG